UUUUGUUACUAUUUACUAGCGACGUGACUUUUGCGCUAAUGUUUGGUUACUUUCCUUACAUAUAAGAAGUAUGGAAUGCCCAGUAAUCAAUGGAAGAGUGUUGUGUUUCAUUCAGUUUUUAAGGGAGUGGGAAAGACUUGAGACUUGGUUUACUGGAAAAGAAAGAAUUGUUGCAGUUCAUUGUUUAUGUCUUCAAAGAUUUGUAUCUUUAUUUGAAAGUGUUCAGCACCCAAAAGUGAAAUUCAGAUGAAUAUUAUUUGAAAAGGGAAAAAGAGAAGGGAUUUUCUGGUCUACUGUUUUCAACCUCCAACCUCUAGAAUAGACAGGAUCCAAUUUACUUGGUUUAAGUAGAAAAUUCAAAACAGACUUUGUACCAUGGUUGGAUUGGAACUCAUACCCAUUGGUACAAUUUUGGCUGUUCUAACCAGCCAGGUCUUGAAAACAGCUAAUGCAGCAAUGGAUGUUGUUAUUGAUAAAGAAAGUUUCAAGGUCCUUUCAAAACACCUGCUUGAUAUUGCGCCAGUCCUAAAGGAAUUACAGCUUCAGGAACUGAAUGAGUCUCAAGCUGCAAGGGUUGCUCUGGAGUCUCUUGAAUCAGAUGUCAAAAAGGCGAACAAUUUGGUUGAGAAGUACAGGAACCGUGGCCGUUUUUACUUACUGGUGAAGUGCCGAUACAUAGUUACGGAGGUUGAACAAGUCACAAGGGAUAUUGGAAGGUCUCUGGCUGCACUAUCUAUUGCAAAUACUGAAGUCUUGUCAAGAAUAUCUGAUCAGGUCAACAAACUACAAAGUGAGAUGCAAAGGGUGGAGUUUGGGGCUUCACAAUCUCAGCUUCAAAUUGUUGAGAAGUUGAACCAUGGGAUUAGGGAGCAGAAACUAGAUCAAGCUUUUGCAAAUGACAUGCUUGAGGAAAUAGCAAGGGCAGUUGGGAUUCCAGUGGAGCCUUCAGAGAUAAGCAAAGAGAUUUCCAGCAUUAGGUGGGAAAAAGAAGAAGCUGCCAACAGAAAAGAAAGAGCUGAAGUUGUCUUUUUAGAGCAGAUCAUUGAGCUACUUUCACGAGCCGAUGCUGCGAGGGAUUAUGAAGAAGUUAAGAAGCAAUACUUUGAAAGGGUUCAGGUAAUAGAGCGAUAUGAUUCAAGGGAAAAGUAUAUCCUACCACUUAAUUCUUUCCUUUGUUGCAUAACUGGAGCUGUUAUGGUAGAUCCUGUCAGCCUUUGCACUGGUACUACAUGUGAGAGAUCCGCAAUUGAAGCUUGGUUUGAUGAUGGCAACAGGACUGACCCAGAUACAAAAGAGGUUCUUGAAGAUACUAGCUUGAGGUCAAACAUUCCAUUAAGACAAUCCAUUGAAGAGUGGAGAGAACUUAAUUACUGCUGUAGUAUAAGGUCUAUCAGGGAAAAUCUCUUGUCCAAUUCUGACUUGUUUUUGCAAGAAUCCCUGAGCCAAAUGCAGGCUCUCAUAAGAGAGAAUUCUAUUAACAAGGAUUGGAUUUCUAUAGGAGAGCUUACUGAUAUUAUUAUCUCCAUCCUUGGGAAAUCUGUUUCCGGAGAUGUGAAGACAAAGAUCUUGAUUGCUUUGAAAGAUGCGGUAGAGGGGCAUGCGAGAAACAAGGAAAAAGUGGUUGAAUCUCAAGGGUGGGAUCACAUCAUUUCCUGCUUAGGGAGUGACUAUAAAAUUUCAAAGGAAGCAAUUUAUUUGCUAUAUGAAUUGCUUCAAGACCGAUCUGGUUGGAAUAAACGUUUCUGCAAAAAACUCUCUGAGCAUCCUAGGGCUAUUCUUUACCUUGUUACCCUUCGAAAGGGUCCUGCCAACGAUUCAGCUGGGGUUGCAGAAAAGAUUUUGAUGGAGCUUUUUGAAAUAGAAGAGGAAAACAUUUCUGGUGCAGCUAAGUUUGGCUGGUACAAACCGCUUGUUGAUCGCAUGAUUCAAGGAUCGGAGUCUUCAAGAAUGUCAAUGGCAAAAGUCAUAGUUAAUUUGGAGUUGAAAGAUUUAAACUUGAAAGUCCUUGGCGAGCAAGGAGUUAUACCAGUUUUGCUAGAAAUGCUAUCUGGUAGCAUUGAAUCAAAAGAAUUGUCGUUAUCAGCCCUGGUUAAACUAGCAGGAUUUCAUGCCAAUAAGGGGAUUAUUGCUGCAUCUGGGGGUGUGCCUCUUGUUCUAGAUUUAAUGUUCUCUCGUAGGAUGUGGACAUUCAUUACCAUUAAAUGCUGUGAAAUCCUUGAGAAGCUUUCUUCGGAUGACGAUGGAAUUGAUUUCUUUGUUGAUGGAGAAGGGAAACAACUCGAGUUAGAUAACAUAAUCACCAAUUUGCUAGCUCUUCAGCAGAGUCCUAACUCAGCUCACAACUUCCGUAAGCCUGCAUUACGCGCUCUUCUUGGCAUUUGCAAGUUUGAGACAGAUUUAGUUAAGAAAGCAGUUCUAGCAGCCAAUGGUGUAUCUCUAAUCCUUCCCCUUCUUGAUGAUUCUGACUCAGAAAUCAGGGAGACUGCCAUAAAUCUUCUCUUUCUUUUCUCUCAACAUGAACCAGAAGGAGUAGUUGAAUACCUCUUCAGGCCCAGAAGACUGGAAGCUUUAGUUGGUUUUCUUGAGAAUGAUGACAAUAAUGAUGUACAAAUGGCUGCUGCUGGUUUACUUGCUAACCUUCCAAAAUCAGAACGAGAACUCACUAUGAAAUUGAUUGACUUGGGUGGCCUUGAUGCAAUCAUAAGCAUUUUGAAAAAUGGUACAAUGGAAGCAAAAGAAAAUGCUCUAAGUGCACUCUUCAGGUUUACAGAUCCUACAAAUAUCGAGUCACAGCGCGAUUUGGUUAAACGAGGAAUAUAUCCUUUGCUUGUGAAUUUUCUCAAUACUGGUUCAGUAACAGCAAAGGCAAGAGCAGCAGCAUUCAUUGGUGAUCUUUCUAUGAGCACUCCAAAGCUCACAGUUGUUUCCAAAUCAAAUGGUUGCUGGUGUUUUAUAUCAUCAAGGGUCCCUUUAUGUUCAGCACAUGGGAGUGUAUGCAGUGUGACUUCCACAUUUUGUCUAUUGGAAGCAAAUGCUUUGCCUGGCUUGAUAAAGCUGUUACAUGGAGAGGUUCAUGCAACUGCUUAUGAAGCUAUUCAAACACUUUCCACAUUGGUUUUGGAAGACUUUCCUCACAGGGGAGCUCGUGUCUUGCAUGAGUCAAAUGCAAUGAGACCCUUAUUGGAAGUUUUGAAUUGGGGAACUGAUUCUCUCAAGGCUGAAGCACUAGGACUAUUGGAGAAGGUGUUUGUCUCAAAGGAAAUGGUUGAAUACUAUGGAACAACUGCUAGAUUACGUCUAGUUAGUCUCACUGGCAUGAAUAUAUAUGGAGAUGGCCAUCUAAGGAGAAAGGCUGCCAGGGUACUAUCAUUGCUUGAACGCUAUUCAAAGUCAUCAUCAUCUGCAAUCUCUGGAGUUCUAGAGUGAAAUUCUAGGCUCAAGAGUUAGAACAGAAUUUGCUUCCAAAUCUUAUAUACUUUUUUUCUUACCUUUUAGUUUAUUGGGUAAUUUCCAAUAAAACUUGUUAUCUACAUUUCAAUCAGUUUCUAUAUCUUGGAUGUUGGCCUCA